AUGUUUUCUACCUGGUUCCCACAGCGCAGCAUACAGAUGCUGCUGCUCUUGACAUUUUGGUCUCUCACAUCAUUGGUAGCAGCAUCCACCCCGACUUCCUUCUGUAAAUGCACCUGUUUCUCCAAUAGUACGAUCAUUCCCCUCAAUCCUGCCAAGUCCGAAACCUCCUCCGGCAUCGACCAUGUCCUCCGCUUUUACGAGCGCGACUCGCUCAGCUCCAAGGUUGAGCAUACCGAUGAAUACACAAAACGAGCUCAGAAAUACCGAUCCCUGAAUUGCAACGAUUGCAAUCGCAAGUUCUGUCUCGACUACGAGCUACCGACAUGCAAAGGCGCUAAGGAGGAUGAUGUGUACACGACUUGCUUCCGUAAGUGA